AAUAUAAAUAAAAAGCCAAAUCGCUCCCAUCUAUUCUUCUCGUUCUUCUUCUUCUCCUUCUUCCUCUUCUUCUUUCUUCGUAAAAGCUUCCACGGAGAGAAGAAAAGUUGGCUCAACGAUCACGGGUUUUUUCUUUUCUCCCUCUACCAUAUCUUAAGAAAGGCAUCAAUGCCUGCUCAGAAGAGGUCUCUGUCUGAUAAUCCCGACAUCGAUGAGGAAGAUGCUCCCUCAUCUCCUGUUCAAAACGGUCACCAAUAUCCCAAGCAAUCUCGACUCGACCCACCUCCUCUUGAUGACACCGAACUCCACCAGCAACAAGAACUAGACGAAGAAGAAGAGGAAGAAGACGACGAGGCACCCCACAAGCCAGAAGAAGACGCUGAAGGACAGGAAGAUGAGGAACAAGAAGAGCAAGCUGAAGAGAAACAACCAGCACAAGAUUCUGAGGAAAGCCAAUCUUCCAGCUCCGAAGAUGAAAAACCUGAAUUUGUCUUUGUGGAGUUGCCAGAAGUUCGUAAAGAUGUACAAUGCCCAAUAUGUCUAGGUAUCAUAAAGAAAACACGAACUGUGAUGGAAUGUCUGCACCGCUUUUGCAGAGAAUGCAUUGACAAAUCAAUGCGACUUGGGAAUAAUGAGUGCCCAGCUUGCCGCACACACUGUGCAAGUCGGCGUUCUUUGAGAGAUGAUCCAAAUUAUGAUGCUUUAAUUGCUGCUUUAUAUCCAGACAUUGACAAGUAUGAGGAGGAGGAAUUGGCUUUUCAUGAGGAGGAAAGGACACGAAACAAGCAGAUCCAAGCUUCAAUUGCCCAAAUAUUUCAACGACAAUCUGAAGCACUAGUUAGGAGACGCACAAUGGGUAAAGAAACAACUGGUCCAUUCAUGGAAAGGUCACAGCGCAAUCAUCGGACAGUCCCCUCAAGGAGGCGGCGGAACAGCCGAGGCACUGAAUUCCAAGGAUCUGAAGACAUCGAUUAUGAAAAUGAUGAUAAUGGAGGUAAGGAUUCAUCUUCUACUGAUGAACGCUCCACAGAAGUAAGGCAGCGCAGGCGCAAGAGACGGCCAGGAAUUAGGCCUUCUCAACCUUCUUCAUCAGCUUCAAAUCCAGAGGGCGGAUGCAUUGAAAAUGAUUUAGAAGCCACCAGAGAGAAUAGAGGAAUAUCUCCUGGCCUUGUUUGGAAUACAGAAAUGCUUGCCUGGGGCAGGGGUGGUACUCGAAGUCAUACACGGCAUGGUAAUGCUAGCGGUUGCAACAACAAGACUGCCAGAAGCACUCGCAUAUCCAAGCUGGUAGAAUAUCUCAGGAGCUUAGAGGAAAAAAAUGAUGAGUUGGAUGUUCACCUCAUGCUUACUUCUAUGGACAAGGAAAGUUUCACGAAUUUGAAACAGCCCUACCUUUGCUGUCAACCCAGUUUGUCAGUCAAACACCUAUGUGAAUAUAUUGCUCAGAAAAAGUCUUUGGAAGCUGAAGAAGUUGAAAUAUUUUUAGUUAAAGGGCAGCACAACCUUAUUGACAACCUGUCCUCUGUGCAUCCACCAAUAUCAGUGGAUGAGCUGCAAAUUUUGAAAGGGCAGGAAACUUUGGCAUGUCUUAGAGCCAAUGGCACUUCCAAUAGAGGUUACAUGAUUCUAGCAUAUAGGCAGAAGGGGACGACUUAGCAAAUUUUCUAUGUAUUUAUGAUGGAAGGAAGAAAAGGUUUGUUAACAGUUUGUAGUUGUAUGUAAAUUUGUAUUGAGAUUUCGGAAUGAGGUUUAAGCUUCUUCCUUCACAAUGGAAAGCUUUUCUAAGACCCGGAUUUGUAUACUAUUUUUUACACCCACCCAAAAAAAAAGGAAGGAAAAAGGUUUCCCACAGGGAUAACCAUUCCAACUAAAAAUUUCUGAAAUCUUGUAUGUCUAGAGCAAGUGGUCCUUUAUGGAACCAUUUACAAGAAUUUAAUUAAUUCAAUUUAUUUCUUUUUUUGUUCAA